AUGCAACAAGAAGCUCAAUCAACUAGAGCUCGCUGGGGCAAUCCUCAGCUAGAACAGCUGGCAGGCGAUCUCGCCGCAGCAGCAGCCUCGGCAUCCCUAGUGACACCCGCGGUGGCAAUUAUUGAUAGAGCGCUCGUCGAGCAAGCUGCCUUCAAGCAACCCAUUCUCCGCGGGCUUCGUCGGCAUGCGCUCGGGGCUCUCCGACAGCCGGGUCUGUUUGUCUUCCAACGACCCUUCGGUAUCGUCUGGGCCCUCUACGCGGCAACUUAUUCCGUGGCAAAUGUAACCGACACAAUCAGUCGCAAGUUUGAGAUAGCCGCCGCGGGGACGAUCAUAUUUGCCACUACGAUGAUGGCCAACGUGCCGCUAGCGCUGUGGAAGGACAUCCGAUUUGCACAGGAAUACGGCACCGGCAACGGUCCCGAUGCCAAGACAUCGAAAGCACACAUUAUCUCUGUACCCCUCCAGAACAAGUCAUUGGCACGAACUGCAGCUGCUAUCUUCCUUGUACGAGACGGUGUGACUAUCUUUGGAUCAUUUACGUUGGCCCCGUGGUUGUCGGAUGCCAUCCCCGACGGCUUGGCGGCUCAUCCCCACGCAAAGCCCAUCAUCACCCAGUUGACCGUGCCCGUCCUCACACAGCUGGUUGCAACUCCCCUACAUUUGUUGGCAUUGGAUAUGUAUACACGGCAAUAUACUAUGCCCUUCAUGGAAAGGGUGAAGCAUUCGCAGCAAUAUCUUCCCUCGUCUACUUUGUUACGUUGUGCCCGUAUCAUUCCUGCGUUUGGGAUUGGGUGCUUGACGAAUAUGGAGUUGCGAUCUGCUUUUCAUGCCAAAUUAUCUGGUUAA